CUUAAACUUUUUUUUUUCAAAGACAAUCUUCUCCGCUCCAUUCCUUUUCUUCCUGUCCUGUCAGUAACAAUUGCAUGUUUUGCCGGGCAGAAGCACCCUUUUUCUUAUUCUCUCAUUCUUCUCUCUUUCCUUCCUUCUCUCUUUCUUAUUUAUAUCCCUUCCUUCCUUCCUUUUCUCUUUCUUUCUUUCUUUCCUUUCUCUGAUCUCUUUUCAUUCACACAUUCAUAUAUAUUCAUUCAUUCAUUCAUACAUACAUUCAUACAUACAUUCAUUCAUUCAUUCAUUCAUACAUUCAUUCAUACAGACAUUCAUUCAUUCAUACAGACAUUCAUUCCAUCUUUGUACACCUCCAUAGCUAGAUAUAUCACACCUUCGCAUUCAAUCCAAUUCAAAUCAAAUCAAAACCAGGGCAUUCUAUUCCAUCUAUCCAUUCCCUCUCCCUCCUCUUUGAAGAAGAAGAAAAUAAAAUAAAUGAUGGCGCAGUUUCCUGCAUUGGAGGCCUAUGUGAGCAGGAUGACGGGUCAACGUCAUAACCCUGAUAAGCUCAGAGCUCCUCCCAAGGCCCCUCCUUCUCGCCUUGCUGUCCUACUUUCUUCCUUCAUCGGUUCUUUUGUCGGCAUUGCCAUCGUUUCUUCCCUAACCUACAAUGCCCAAUGGUUCAUCGAUCGAAAUGUGCCCGUCAUGGCUGGUUCCUUUGGUGCCUCUGCUGUCCUCAUCUACGGUGCCAUCGAAGCUCCCUUGUCCCAGCCUCGCAACGUCAUUGGUGGCCACAUCAUGUCCUCAUUGAUUGGAGUUUCGCUCUACAAGUUAUUUAAUCUACUCUCUCCCGAGACCUUUGCCAAGCUGCAUUGGUUACUCUGCUCCCUUGCAGUCUCCAUCUCACUCUUCUGUAUGCAGUUGACCCACACAGUCCACCCGCCUGCCUCUGCUACUGCCCUGAUCGCCGUCUCCGGUGGCCAAACACUCUACGAUCUUGGCUAUUGGUAUGUGCUCUGUCCCAUCGGCCUCGGCGUUGCUCUGAUGAUGAUCGUCGCCCUAAUCGUCAACAACGUCGCAAGAAAAUACCCGACCCAUUGGUGGAAUCCAAAAAAGCAAAAGAUCGCCGUCAUCGAUCAAGACAUGGCCACCUCCAUUGCCGAUUAUGUCCCCGAUAAUGAUGACAACGACGACGAUGAACAGGCAACUCGAGAUGGCAACUCUAGCAUAAAACAGCAGGAUGCAAACACAGCCGUGCCCGCCAUCGCCAUCACCGGCUCUUCUUCAGCCUCGUCUACAGUCAAUGAGCUAGCAAACACCUCUUCGCCCACCAUCAGUCCUUCUCAUCACCCUAGAUCUCCCUCACAUUCUCACUCUUCUUAUCUUCAUGAACCCCAGUAUGCUGUUUAUUAUGGGGGUGAGCAUCACAGGAUUCUAAGAGAUGGUGAACGUCUACAUCAAGAUCAAACCGACUCGGAUACGACGACACACGAUCUGGAGCACGGUCCAAAGAACCAACGCCACCAGUCCAGCAUCUUGAUCAGAAUGCGAAGUUUUCCCAAUUCCCCUCACCUGUCCUCUGGCACUCAUAGUCAUGGUAGUCAUCAUACAGAGGAAAGCUAUCGCUCAACCAUUGAGCGUCUUCAACAGCGCAUUCAAGAGCUCGAGAAUCAACUCGCUGCUGCUUCACCUGUUCCUGAUGCCUCCAAGUAAAAAAGUUUAAAAAAGCUUAAAAAAGUAUAAAUAUGAAAAAAACAGUAAUAAUAACAUUCAUCAUCAAUCAUUAACAUCAUCAUCAUCAUCAUCAUCAUCAUUAUCAUUAUCAUUGUAUAUAAAUAUUUAUAAAGUCCCAUAUACAUACCUCUUGACUCUUGACCUUCUUUUUCAUUUAAUAAAAUACCAUAUAUAUAUAUGCG